GUUGUUGCGUUGCGCACACGUGAGAGAGUGUCAUGGCAGCCUGCAGGAGGUGCAGAACAGAGAUGGUCAGGUUGUUUAUUCAUCCAAAGUUUCCAGUCUCUCUCAGCGGGAAUAUGCUGCAUUUCUUUGGACUUGGAUCGAAGGCGGCCCAGGGACAUGUUGUCAGGCGCUGCCACCAGAGUGUGUGGAGUAGCCACUCAGCUGUGAAGAAAGUAGGAGUGGAUCUGGGAGAGAGGAAACUUGAAAUUUCAACUGGCAAGCUGGCUAGGUUUGCAGAUGGUUCUGCUGUAGUGCAGGUUGGUGACACAUCGGUGAUGGUAACAGCAGUCAGUAAAACAAAACCAACCUCUUCACAGUUCAUGCCUUUAGUAGUUGAUUAUCGUCAGAAAGCUGCUGCAGCUGGAAGGAUACCAACUAACUACCUGAGGAGAGAGCUGGGCACUACAGACAAUGAAAUACUGACAAGCAGGCUGAUAGAUCGAUCAAUCAGACCUCUUUUUCCCGCUGGCUAUUUCUAUGAUACACAGGUACUAUGUAAUCUUUUAGCAGUUGACGGUGUCAAUGAUCCUGAUGUACUAGCAAUUAAUGGAGCAUCGGCAGCUCUUGCCGUGUCAGACAUUCCAUGGAAUGGUCCCGUAGGUGCUGUGAGGAUGGGGCUGGUUGAUGGAGAGUUCUUGGUUAACCCAACUCGUAAGGAGAUGUCUUCAAGCACUUUAAACUUGGUGGUUGUUGGGGGCCCUCAUAGUCAAGUGGUUAUGAUGGAAGCAGCAGGAGAAAAUGUAUUGCAGCAAGACUUUUGCCAUGCAGUUAAACUGGGAGUGAAACAUACGCAACAGAUAAUCCUGGCCAUCCAGCAGCUUGCAAGAGAAUGCGGUGUUUCCAAGAGGACCCCACAGAAGCUGUUUGCUGCUGUCGAUGAGAUUGUGGAAUACACUAGACAAUUGGCAUCCGAGAAGAUUUAUGCAGUGUUUACAGACUCCACCCAUGAUAAAAUUUCUCGAGAUGAAGCCAUAAAUAAAAUAAGACUUGAAACUGAGGAGCUAAUAAGAGAACGAUUUCCAGAUGCCGACCCAUAUGAAGUGAUGGAGUCCUUUAAUACCGUUUCAAAGCAGACUUUUAGGAACAUCACUUUAAAUGAAUAUAGAAGAUGUGACGGUAGAGAUUUGACUUCUCUAAGAAACAUUUCCUGUGAAGUUGAUAUCUUCAGACCUCUUCAUGGAUCAGCAUUGUUUCAAAGAGGGCAGACACAGGUUCUUUGUACUGUAACAUUUGAUUCUUUGGAAUCGAGCAUAAAGACAGACAUAAUAACUACAGCUGUCAGUGGGGUUAAAGACAAAAAUUUUAUGCUGCAUUAUGAGUUUCCUCCAUAUGCAACGAAUGAGAUUGGCAAGAUGAGUGGCAUGAACAGAAGGGAACUGGGGCAUGGUGCCCUGGCAGAAAAAUCACUAAAGCCUGUUAUCCCCAAAGAUUUCCCGUUCACGAUACGGGUCACGUCGGAAGUAUUAGAAUCUAAUGGCUCAUCUUCUAUGGCUUCUGCAUGUGGAGGGAGCCUGGCUUUAAUGGAUGCGGGUGUGCCAAUUUCGUCUGCUGUUGCUGGAGUUGCGAUUGGCCUAAUAACAAAGCCAAAUCCAGAAAAUCCAUCAGAAAUUCAAGAUUACAGAUUACUCACAGAUAUUCUGGGAAUAGAAGAUUACAAUGGAGACAUGGACUUCAAAAUGGCAGGCACAAACAAAGGCAUAACUGCUUUGCAGGCAGAUGUUAAGAUUCCAGGAUUACCACUGAAAAUUGUAAUGGAAGCUAUUCAGCAAGCCACAGUUGCCAAGAAAGAAAUAUUGGGUAUAAUGAAUAAAGCAAUAGCAAAACCAAGACCGAAAAGAAAGGAAAACGGACCAGUCGUGGAAACUGUUCGUGUUCCGAUAUCAAAAAGAGCAAGGUUUGUUGGGCCAGGAGGUUAUACCCUAAGAAAACUGCAGGCUGAAACAGGUGUGACCAUCAGUCAAGUGGAUGAAGAGAUAUUUUCUAUAUUUGCACCGACACCCAGCGCUAUGUACGAAGCACAAGAGUUCAUCAGUGAAAUCUGCAAAGACGACCAAGAACAUCAGCUGGAAUUUGGGUCUGUAUAUACAGCUACUAUAACUGAGAUAAGGGACAUUGGAGUAAUGGUCAAACUUUAUCCAAAUAUGAGUGCCGUGCUGCUUCACAAUUCUCAGCUGGACCAUAAGAGGAUUAAACACCCCAGCGCUCUUGGACUAGAGGUUGGACAACAAAUACAGGUCAAAUACUUUGGUCGGGAUCCCACAGACGGGAGGAUGCGACUGUCUCGUAAAGUACUGCAAGCUCCGACGGCAACCAUUGUGAAAACCCUGAGUGACAAAUUUAGUAUUGCAGUAGGAACAAGCAAUUCACAAGCUUCAAAUGCUUCUUAACUCCAGCACCUACAACACACUGAAGAUGUGUUUACAAAAGCAGGAUAUUUCUAGGGAGGGGAGAAAUGUAUGUGUGUAUGUUUUAUAUAUAUAUAAUUUAAUAUGUAUAAUUAUACUUAUUCAGACUUUGUUUUGAUUUGGCAGUAUGUAAAUGCUUUUUAAAUACAUAUGUAAUCCAUACUGUCACUUUAUACAUUAGAAUGUAUUGUAACUAAACACGUAGCUUAGUAAGUGGGUGUUUGUUAUACAUUUGCCACAGAAUGGAACAAAUACACACGUUUUAUUUGUGUUUUCUUCUAAGCAAUCAGUUUGAGAUUGAUACAUUUAACUAAUUUCUAUUUAUUUUCUAAAAUAAAGUAUUUUUAAAAUAUAUAUGUUAACCUUAACUGUUAAAUGCUGUUUUAUUAUUAUUAUUAUUAUUAUUAUUAUUAUUAUAAAGAUGUGUUUUAUUCUUUGGUACCUGAAGUUUAAACCUCAGAUGUGAGAGGGAUCAUCUCUUUAUUUUCCUAUAUGGUCAUUUCUUUUGCAGCAUUUCUCACCCUGUAUGAAUAGAAAAAUUCAGAGAACAAAGUGUCAUGUGUUACUAUGCCCACAAGCAUUACUAAAAUCUGUCCUGAAGGGAUACUAGCCUUUGAAACUUCCAAACUAUCACUUUUGAUGUGAAAAUUCAGGGCAUUAACCUCCUGAUGCAACAGCUGCCCACACCUUUCAAUUAAUGUAUGGCAUCGCUUGUCAAAUUUUAGUUGACUUCAAACCAGUGUUAUGCUACUCAAUAUGGGGAGAUCAAUUCUAGUAUUGGAGAGCCAUUUCCCUUGGUGAUCUCUUCAACUCAAAAAAUGCCUACAGUGAAUAAUUGAGCUGGCAUCCAGGCUCCCAAAUCAUCAGUAUAAUAAGCGUUAUUUAGUUUAACAAUCUCGAUUUGUUUAUAUUACAUACCCUAAACCCACCAACCCCUAAGUGAUAACCUCAUCAAACGUACACCUACUUGAGCUUUGAGAUUUUAAAUCUUAUCAAUUUUGGUAUCACCCCUGGAGAGGGCUUUUUAACAUGACCGGCAGUUCAAGUGACCAGGGAAAAACAUAACGCUUCUCACAUGGAAUUUACUUCUCCGAUUCUCCUGGCUGCUACUCCACUGCAGAAAGCGAGACUUAUGGUGUUUUUUAUGUUUCGCUUAGUUUGGCAUUUUAAUGUGUAGUAAAGUGGAUGUUAUGUAAAAUGUGCUGCAGUCCUGUUUAUGUGUCAGACAUUUUAUGAUUUAUCGUGGUUUUUACCAUGGCUUACCAUACUUUUGCUGAGAUGUGCUGUGUUCAUUAUUAUCGUACUAAGCUUUACUGCACUUUGCUAUCCUUAUACAUUAAAAUAAACCUUCUAAAAUG